UGCCGCUGGAGUCGCGCGAGGUCUGUGCGCGUGAUUCCUCCGGAGCGCUCGAGCACUUUUUUCCUCCCCACAUCCACCUCCACGUGUUGCAUUGUGGGUGUUUAACAGCGCUUAUCCGCUGUGGCUCGGGGAAGUUUUAUUUUGGCUUUCGCGGGAUUUCAGGAGCCAGGAACCUGGACCGAACUGGGCUGCGGUGCCGAAUAAACAGCGAGCAAACGGCACAUUUUGUCCGAACAUCAGCCGGACAGCUUCCUGUGGAGAAGUGCGGAAGGUAAGGGGGUGCCAUGCCGGCUGCUGGUCCCCUGCUGCUCCUCCACGCCAUCUGCUGGUGGCCCUUGGUGCUGUUCCUGCUGUUGCCCCCACUACCCCUUUUUGCCCGCACCAACCCCCCGACCUUCAUCUCCCUCCACGACUCGCGCCUUAACCACCUCUUACUGGACUCCAGCUCGGGCUACGUGUACGUAGGUGCGGUUAACGCGCUCUACCACCUCUCUCCAGACCUCCAGCUCAUCUCAUGGGGCAAAACUGGCCCCACGCUGGACAGCCCCGACUGUUUGCCCCCGAUUGAGCCUAAAGACUGCAGCCAGGCACGUCAAACUGACAACACCAACCAGCUACUGCUGCUGGAGAAACAGGAAGGGUCACAAGCACAGCGCCUGAUUGUGUGCGGCACGGUGCUGCAAGGCAUCUGCGAGAAGCGCAGCCUGGCCAACGUUUCCCAGGUGCUGUACCACACGGCCAACCCCGUGGACACUCAGUACGUAGCUGCCAACGACCCUCGUGUCUCCACCGUGGCCGUGCUCACCGAGCACAAGAGCACGCGCCUCAUGCUUGUAGGACGAGGUUACACUAGCAAAGGACCCGGCGGAAUUCCACCAAUCACAACGCGCCGCCUCGAGCAGUACCAGUCCUCUCCUGCAUUUUCACACGAGGAACUGGGAAAGCUUGUAGUGGGCAGUUACUCCGAGUACAACAACCAGUUUGUGAAGGCGUUUCAUCAUGGUACACACAUUUACUUCCUGUUCUCACGCCGCGAUACGCUGAAAACACGCGCUUAUCAGACAUACAUAUCACGCCUCUGCGCCGGAGACCCCAGCUUUUACUCGUACGUGGAGGUACCACUGAGCUGCACAGGGGGCUACAACCUGGCACAGGCGGUCGCCAUGGGAACUUUCCUCGGAAAAGCCACCAUGUUUGUCGCCAUGGCGGCAGGGCAGGCGUCGACACCCGCGCCCACGGGGCGCUCGGCUCUGUGCGUGUACAGCAUGGAGAAGCUGGAUCAGGCGCUGGAGCGGGCACAGUUUCUGUGCUACACACAGGAAGGAAAAGGAGACAAAGAGCAGGAGGCCUACAUCGCAUACGAAGUCUCCUCCAAGUGCCUCAAGCUUCCUCCGGAAUCUGUGAAGGAGUACCCAUGCGGAGGUGAACACACCCCAAGCCCCAUCACCAGCGCAGUGCCACUCCAAACCACGCCCGCCUUCACCUGGGCAACUCAACUCACCGCUGUCGCUGUAGCAACCGAGGCUGGCCACACCAUUGCACUCCUGGGGGACAAGAGUGGACAACUACUUAAGGUCUUUGUUCACGUGAAUGGUUCAGGUUCUCAGUAUGACUCGGUGAUGGUGGACCCUCAGAGCUCCGUUAACCCUGACCUCUUGCUGGACUCCACCUUACGCAGUGUUUACAUCAUGACUGAGAGGAAGGUAACGCGUUUGCCAGUAGCUCAGUGUGAGAGGCAUUCAGACUGUCAUUCAUGCCUCUCUGUCCGAGACCCCUACUGCGGAUGGUGCUCACUAGAGGGCAGGUGUACUCGGAAGCUAGAGUGUGCCCGGCAUUCCCAGCCUCACCACUGGCUCUGGAGUUACGGUCGUGAUCGGCAGUGUGUGUCCAUCCAGAGUCUGGAUCCAGCCAUCCAGAGCCGGGAGGAGCAGACACAGGUUUCUUUCAUGGUGCUGCCAUUGCCAGCGCUGUCUGAGGAUGAGUCUCUGUCUUGCGCUUUUGGAACUUUGCCCGCUGAACCUGCCAUUGUGAAUGGGAACAGAAUCACCUGUCAAUCACCGCCACCUAUACGCCUCCCUCCGAGUCCACCAGGCAGCGAUCACAUGACUAUCAGGUUAGCGCUGAUGUUUGGAAACGUGACCGUCUCUGACACUAAUAUCACUUUCUACGACUGCAGGGCUGUGGGCAAGCUCAACGCUACCUCACCGUGCAUGGCGUGUGUGAGCAGCGAGUGGCCGUGCCACUGGUGCGCUCGAGAUGAACUCUGCACUCACAACCACAGCUGCCCGCAGCAACACAUCAUCUACAACAGCAGAAUGAAGUCAGAACCGCACGGUGCAGAUGCAUGCCCAUGCGUGUGGGCUUUGGAAAGUUCCACUUUGAUUCCGGUUGGAGUUGACACACAGCUGUCACUACAAGGCAAAAACCUGGACAUAUUUAAGGGCGACGAGGAUUACGAGUGUGUGGUGGUAAUCGAGGGCCAGGAGACGCUAUUACACGCCACCCUGGACAGGAGCAAAGAGACGGGCACACAUGUGUUCAAGUGCGACACUCAUAAGUUUCAGUACACAGUAAAACAGAUGGAGUACUUGGCUCCAGUGUACCUACAGAGAGGCACUCGGCGUAUAGACUCCGCUCCACACCUCCGCUUGCAGCUGUAUAACUGCUCGGUGGGUCAGACAGACUGCAGUCAGUGCCGUGCCGUACCGGAGCAGUACGGCUGUGUGUGGUGUGGAGGAGAAAGUCCACGCUGUGUGUUUCACAAGUCCUGCUCCAGCAUUACUGAAGAAGCCUGUCCUCCACCACUCAUUACUGAGGUAUGGCCGCUGACAGGACCGUUAGAGGGAGGGAUUGUCCUCACUAUCCUGGGGUCCAACUUGGGCCAGCGUUACGAGGAUAUUGAGAAUGGAGUCACGGUGUCUGGAGUCACCUGCAAGCCGCUGCGCAACGCUUACCUUAUAUCAACCCGCAUUAUGUGUGAGCUUCAGCCAUCCACGAAUGUGACCGCAGGGCCUGUGGUGGUGACCGUGGGGAGCUCGGCGGACCCGGGUCAGUCCCUGCAGACAUUCACCUACCAGAAUCCCAAACUGGGCCGCAUCGUACCCAGUAAAGGCCCCAUGGCGGGAGGCACCAGACUGACCGUGCACGGUGCUCAGCUCCUCACAGGGCAAGACACUGACCUGCGGGCAUUCGUGGGCUCACAGCCUUGUCACAUUGUGGACGCAGUGAGUGACACGCAGCUGGUCUGCCGCACCAGCCACUCGAAUCAGACCGCAGAAGUACCCGUCAGAGUGCAGUUUGGAACAGCAGAGAGGACUGUGGGUAAAAUCCUCUUUCACUAUCUAGAAGAUCCGGUGAUCACUGACGCGACUCCUACCGAGAGCUUCUAUGGGGGUGGGCGUAUUAUUAUGGUAACUGGCCAGAACCUGGAUGUGGUCCAGCAGCCCAUGAUGUCCAUUCGGUACGAGACCAAGGUCAGGAGACGCCGAUACAGUCAUGUGUCAGCCCGGAACAUUCCCUUCGACAGCACCAUGACCACGAACAAGACCCCCUGUGUAAACGUUAGCUCUGAGCACAUGAGUUGUCUGAGUCCUCAAGUGCCAAAGGACUCUCGCGUCGUGAGAGUUUGGUUCGAGAUGGACAACGUGCAUUUGGAUUUUGAGAGUAUCAAGGGCACAGGAUUUACAUACCAUCCAGACCCACAGUUAUACGACCUGAACCGCGAGGACCGGACCUUGCCUAUCCGCUUCAAGCCUGGAGGAGUGCUCGCUGUGGAGGGGAAAGGUCUAACUCUGGCCAUGACUAAAGAUGAGGUGGUGGCUUGGCUCGGAGACAAGAUAUGUGAUGUGAAGACUCUGGACGACACUCACCUGUACUGUGAACCUCCAGAGGAGCAGCCGCUCAGUUUGGACCAUGAAAACCUGCCCAGUCUGAAGGUGUUAAUGGGGCAGUUGGUGUUUAACCUGGGCACAGUGGAGUAUGACAUGGGCACUCACACGCCCGUGCCUCUGGAGGCUCAGGUCGGGCUGGCAGCCGGAGCAGCCGUGGUCGUGCUCAUCGUCCUCGUCAUCAUCCUCAUGUACAGGAGGAAGAGUAAGCAAGCAAUGAGAGACUACAAGAAGGUUCUGGUCCAACUGGAAACUCUAGAGAUCAAUGUUGGAGACCAAUGCAGGAAGGAGUUCACGGAUCUGAUGACUGAGAUGAUGGAUUUAAGCAGCGAUGUCGGUGGUCCAGGCAUACCAUUCCUGGAUUAUCGCACAUACGCCGAACGUAUUUUCUUCCCCGGUCAGAGAGGGGCGCCACUGAGCCAGAACCUGGACCUCCCAGAAUCUCGUAGACAGACAGUCGAGCAAGGCCUGGGCCAACUCAACAACCUGCUCAACAACAGGCUCUUCCUCACACGAUUUAUCCACACCCUGGAGGAGCAGCAGAACUUCUCGCAGCGGGACCGCGGCUACGUGGCAUCACUGCUGACUAUGGCGCUCCACGAUAAGCUUGAAUACUUCACCGAUGUCAUGAAGACCCUGUUGGGGGAUCUGGUGCAGCAGUAUGUCGCCAAAAAUCCCAAACUGAUGCUGCGCAGGACUGAGACAGUGGUGGAGAAAAUGCUCACGAACUGGAUGUCCAUCUGUCUCUAUUCAUUCCUAAAGGAGGUGGCAGGUGAGCCUCUCUACAUGCUGUAUAGAGCUAUAAAGUAUCAGGUGGACAAAGGCCCGGUGGACGCAGUGACUGGUAAAGCCAAGCGCACCCUUAAUGACAGCCAUCUACUCCGAGAGGACAUUGACUACAGCGCCAUAACUCUGACCGUGCUGGUGAAGAGUGGAGUAGAAGUCCAGCCGUGUCCUAUUAAGGUUCUGGACAUUGACACCAUCACCCAGGUGAAAGACAAGAUCCUGGACCAGAUCUACAAAGGAGCUCCAUUUUCUCAGAGGCCCUCAGCCGAUUCACUGGACCUCGAGUGGCGAUCGGGGCAAGCAGGUCACCUGACCCUGUCUGAUGAUGAUGUCACAGGCAUAGUGCACGGUCACUGGAAGAGGCUCAACACUUUGCAGCACUACAAGGUGCCAGAUGGAGCCACGGUGGCUCUCAUCCCUCGUUCAAGUGCCGGUGUCACGGGCAUUAAUCAGAUCUUCCAAACCGGAGAAAGUAAGCUUCAUGAGACACCCAUGUUAGAGGGGGAGGAAGACGAGGGUCUCCGUCUGUGGCACCUCGUGAAGUCGAGCGAGGACCCCGAAAUCCCCAAACACAGAAAAAGCAGCAUGAGAGAGCGAGAACGUGCCAAAGCCAUCCCCGAGAUCUAUCUCACAAGGCUGCUCUCAAUGAAGGGAACUCUGCAGAAGUUUGUGGACGACGUGUUUGUAGCUAUCCUGAGCACCAAGCGGCCACCCCCAAUUGCCGUCAGGUUUUUCUUCGACUUCCUGGAUGACAUGGCAGAGAAGCACGGCAUCGAUGACCCAGAGACCGUACACAUAUGGAAAACGAACAGCUUACCUCUGCGAUUCUGGGUGAACAUCCUAAAGAACCCUCAGUUUGUGUUUGACGUGCAAGUAACAGACAGCGUAGAUGCCGUCCUGUCCGUCAUCGCUCAGACUUUCAUCGAUUCCUGCACCACCUCCGAGCACAAAGUGGGACGGGAUUCCCCUGUGAACAAGCUCCUGUAUGCCAGAGAAAUUCCACGAUACAAGCAGCUGGUGGAGAGGUACUACAGUGAUAUUCACAGUGCUGCUUCAGGAUGCUAUCAGGAGAUGAACUCCAUGCUCACCGAGUUAUCCGGGAGCUUUGCUUCAGAGAUGAACAGCUUGGUGGCUCUGCACGAGGUUUAUAAAUACAUCAACAAAUACUAUGAUCAGAUCAUCAUGGCUCUAGAGGAAGAUCCUGCAGGCCAGAAAAUGCAAUUAGCCUACCGGCUACAGCAGGUCGCCGCCCUGGUGGAGAACAAAGUCACUGACCUUUGAACUUUGAACCUUUGACCCCUCACCCAACGGAGGAGAGUCUUUGAUCAGCUUGGCACGGCUGAUGGCAGCCAGCUCGGUGCUGCGUGAAAUCCCAUCGAGCUGAGAAAUCCGAUUCCCCCACCCCUUCACCUGCACCCCCACUUCCUGCUUCAGCCUUCGGGGAGGUCUUAAGAAAAGAGAAAAGAAUUGAGUGAGGCUGAAGCGUCAGCUAUUAAGCAGGUUUUUAUCACAGAGAGUGUGAGAUUUAAAAAAAAAAAAAAAAAAAAGAAAGAAAAAGCACAUAUAGCCAUUUUCAUCUGCUAAGCACAUCGAACUGUUUUUCUGCUAACGUCACACGCUAUUCAGUGCUCGUACGACACGUCCGAUGCGUGAACGUGACUUCACGUACGUGUCCGACUCUGCGUAGCUUCAUGUAACCUAGCAUUCGCGUGAUUUUUGUUUUUCGGUUUUGCAGUCUGGAAUAUUAAUGAAUCGGGUUCGUAGAUUAGCGAUUAUUAACGACAAACUCGUUCGUAUCAAAUGAUAAAUCACAAGCACAAGUGCCAUAACAAGUGCAAAACUAGCACGUUUUAUUACAGCACAAGGUGUGUGUGUGUGUGUGUGUGUGUGUGUGUCAGAGAGCAGCUGUGUGUAUACGUGUAGGCGUGACGUGUUUUGUUUUUUCUCUUUCGGACGACGUCAUUUCAACGUUUAGCUUCGUUUAGACGAUUUGUGUGUGAACGAAUGAACGCACUCGUAGGGUAUCGGACUGAAUGAAGCGCUUUUUUAAAAAAUAUAUAUAUUUAUAUGAGAUACCCAUAAUAACAAAGCAGCAGCGGAAUAUUUGCGCAACAACAAGACGCUCAAGAGAUGUUACAGUAUAGAAGGGUUAAUCAUAUUUACAUCGCGAUCGUUAAUACUUCCGUUAAUUAAACAUAACCGAGCGCGAUAUCCGUAAGCUCAGUUAAAGAUAGAUCGUCGGGUAAUACGGAAUUUAAACGUACAACGCGUUAAACUGAUCAAUAAUCUACAAUGUACAACAAAACUAUUUUGUUCUGAAUAAUUAUGUCAAAUAAUCGUGAGGUCAGUAUUGAAAUAUUGAAAAUAAUCGUGAUGAUCAAUUUUACCCUGGCCGAUUCUUUGCUGCUGACUUCGAUGAAAAGAUCAAAAUAAUUCCACUUACUGAAGCCUUAGCACAGAUUUAACCGUUUUUUUUUUUUUUUAUGUGACAAAACGACGAAACUGGAUUAGGGACAUUCUGUAGGUGGGGUGUGGAGGCGUUUCUAGACGAGCGGAUUUGGCGGUAAGGGCGGAGUCGGCGUGGAAGCCGUGUGGACGCUGAAUAGAAGAAACUAACUUAUUUUUACUGUAAAUAGCACUUAUUUAUACAAGAUUACCAAACGUGCCUUGUUUGUAACCUUUAAUAAUGAUUACCGGUUCCAGUAUACAAGCUUGACGUUAUUUGCCAAAUAGAGAGGAGGAAAGUGCCACAGGAUUUGAAAAGACAAAAAGCUGGCCUGGACAGAUUCGGCUAUUCAUACCACUUCUGACGUUUUUAGUUGUUGUUGUUGUUGUUGUUGUUGUUGUGGAGAAACGUGUUUGUUGUUGGAAGUUUCUGUCUCAGGAUCACAGCUGCCCUUCUCAGUAAUUUCAGUAUUGCUAAAUGCUUUCCAGUGCGCUUCAGUGUACACUGUUCUGAAGUGCGCAAUCUUCAGGCUCAUAAUUUUUUUUUUUCUCUGUGACGCUUGUGUAAAUAGAAAAGGUGAAAUUUCUCGGUUUGUUUUUUUUUUUUUUUUUUUUUUUUUUUUUGCCUGUAGCACUUUGUGUUGACACUUUUUGUCUUUUCAGUCGCUUUAUAAAUGUUUGCUAAUGUGUCUCCUGAUCGCUUGAAUGGGGUGUGUGUGGUGUGUACCUUCGUUCAACCACUCUUGUGUACAGUGAAAAAAUGCUGGGCGCCAAACCAACCCAAACACCCCCCCCCCCCAACCCCAAAAAAAAAACCACACACACACACCUAUAUGUAUAUACUGUCAUAUUAAACGAGCUGUUUGUCAUUUUUAACACCACUUAUUGGUUCCGAUUACAUAUUUAUAGUAAAAAAAAUUCUGAAUUAAAAAUUGACUAGCCGUUCCCUUUCCCUUUAUCGACCCUGACCCCUUAUACCGAAAUUACAGGCGCUUCUUAUUUCUUUAAAGGCGCGUCCGCGUUUCCUCUCAUUGCUUCCUUUUGAACCUUUUCAAGAAGGUGGAGAAGGGAGGCAAGUAAUGGAAAGAGAUAAAAAGGUGAUGCACGUGUAUCGCACAUGCCUUUUAGUCUAAACAUGAUUUUUCGGUUUUUAAAGCAAUUAUGUUAAUUGAUGCUUAGUUCAUGCAAGGAUUUGAUUUGUACCCAUUGUUUAUCUCCCCCGACCCCGGUUUUCUCCUUAAUUUGCUCCCACCCACUACCCAGCUAAACGCUCCUCUGUUAUACGACAGCUACGGUAUGAACCGAAGAGAGUGAAGGCUAACACGUGCUUCAAAACCGCUGCUCCUGCUGCAUCACGGGGCCGCGUAACACACUCGGCGGAAAGCACUGUCCGCCCUCUUCCACAUACAUGAGCUCACAGACGCCCAUGACUGGCUCGUGCCACUGUGAUUAACAGGGGAGAGAGAGUAAUCGUUUUGUUUUUUGAAUUUGUUUUAUUCUCCUUAUGUUACACUCUACAACAAACUAUACUUCUGGACAGGAAACACCUGUGUAUCGUCGCUUUAGAAGUCUUCGGAACUGAUAUAAGGUAUAUCGAGGUGGUGGACUCGAUCGCCCGACGGACGAACCAAGGAGGCGUCGGCGUCGAGUAGAGUUCUAUGAAGCGACCUGUAUACGCCUUACAGGUUACCUUUUUAUAGAAAAGACAUGGAGCUUUCUUCCAGCUGGGGGCGGAGCUACUUUUCAGACCGGACAAAUGUAAAAAGAUGGCUACAACGAAGAAACUAGCCACACCCACUGCAUGGCAACGCUACGAACCACAAUUUUUGGUUUUUUUUUUUUAAUAAGGUAUUUUAUUUUCAAAUGCUUACAAACUGCACCUUUGUUACAAGGAACUAGCGAAUCAAAUAAUAGUUCCUACUUUAGAAGAUUGUGGGGUUUUUUUUAAAAAACACAAAAAAUUAAAAAAAUAAAAUAAAAUUGUGAGUUGAUAUUUAUUUAGCAUAUAUAAUUUAGAAAUAUCAGGGUUGCUGAACGUAAUACUAGAGUACAUGCAGAAGGAUUGGGUGAAUAUUCAUUUGUUUAUACAGUACAUGUGCGUUCGCCUGAAAUUUGAAUGUUUGGCUUCUCAGUGUAGUCUUAAUUAUUAGAGACGUGUGCAUGCAUGAGGUUUUUUUUUUUUUUUUUUUAACUGAGCGCAUGAUGCUUGUGUCUGUGGUUCACAACCGGCCCGAUCGGACAACGUGUGUAUGUAUAAGCAAGCCCCUGUGUACGGCGACCUCCAGUCUGUGGCCCUCCAGUAAAACACACUUUUCCCCAACAGAAGAAAAGAAAAAAAAAAGACUGACUGCUGAACUCUUUUUCUCACUGUACAGUCUGUGACACUGUGUCUUGCCAAAUGUGCAGUACUUUUACUGUAUUUUACUCAUCACGUGACACCAGAGGGACAGUCGAUCGAUUGUCGAUCGAAUGGUGUUUGUGGAGCGACUCGCCAUAUUUUACACACUUUUUUUUAUACGAAGGGGGAAAAAAAAAAAAGAAAAUGAGGUAAUUUUCUAAAGGAAUCAGGGUUAAAAGAAAGCUUCGGCCCGUUGUAAACUUCGAUUCUCUUUUGUAUUUGUAUUGAAUAUAGUUUGCUAACAGUUGUGUAUAUGUGCCUGUAAAUAUCACGAAGGAAAAAAAAUUUGUUUGACUCGGAUACUUUUCUCCGUCGAAGAGAAAUUAAGAGCCAAAAAUAAUCACUGAAAUGAAUGAAAUCACAAUUUGUAUGAGAAAUUAAAAAAAAAAAAAUAAAGUUAUAAUUUUAACAGAGGAACUGGCGGUGCUGUUUAUUGUUAUUUCUUUUCUCCUUUUUUUUUCUCUUCCAUUUAUUCAUCUUCACUGUGCUUUAUCCUUGUCAGGGUCACAGUGGGUGCCAGAUUGGUAUUUACUCAUCACAGGGCGCCAUGCACACACACGAUCACAUAGGCAUAGCGGAAAUUCAGAGUCAACAAUCCACCUAAUAGCGUGUUUUGGACAGUGAAGAAGACCCAGAGGAAACUCACAGACAUGAGGGAAAACAGGUGGAUCUUUUAGAGUCAAUCCCAGGACCCUGGAGUGGAUAACGUUGGCGAUUCAUGGCUCCCGGGAAUCUCGGUCUGCCGCGUCCUAAAAACAUGUCAGUAGGUGGAUUUUCUACUUUAAACUGUAACGUUUGAGUGAACGAGGCCCUGUGGGUUCCCACCUCACACCCAGUGUUUCCAGGAUAAGCUACAGCGAUCCUGAGACUGAUAAAGUGAUUAUUUGAGAGAUGAAUGAUGAGUGAUUUGACCAGGCCUGUUCUCGUAUAUGGUUUACAUGCUCCUGUUUCAAUGUUCUGAUUUAGCUGCAGUAAUUUCACACUCCUUUGUUUUUCACUCUUUACUUACUUUGCAAGAGUGAAACAUGCACUAGCCCCCUCUG